AUGGACGACAUCACCGCCUUUUCAAGAACCCUCACCCUCAACCCCCCAAACCACAACCACACACUAACACCCUUGGACGACGACCAGAUCCCACCCCUCAAAACCCUCACCCUCAAAUCCAGGCCCCUAGCCAGCCACGCCCUCACCUUCUCCUGCGACGCAGAGCUCGCCGUCGCCGCAGACGACUCAAUCCACGUCUUCCUCCCUGAGUUCCCGACCCCAGAAGAACCGAACAACAAGCAGGAGCCAUCCAAGGACGGCAAUGAAGACACAAAAACAGCAGCACCAGCAGCAGACGAAGACCCCGCCGGCGUAGCAGCAGCAGCCCUCGCCGCCGCCGCAGCCGACGCAAAAGACGGCGAAAAGCUCUACCGCCAACAAUUCUACACCUUCCAGCUCCGCAUCCCUACCUCCCGCAAACCCGACCCGCGCAUGAACGCCGCGCUCUUCGCCGCCCGAGGCCUCCCCGUCCCCUCCUACGACGACGACUGGGCCGCCGGUGAAGCUGCUGCCGGCGGCCCCGGCGAGGCAGCAGUCCCGGACCCCUCCUCCGCGUUCGAGGGCGUCGGCUCCGGAACGGUAACAGGCUACGGCGCCUCGCUGAACCAAGUCGUCGCGAUAGAAUGGUCCCCCGGAAACCUAGGCCGGAAUCUGAGGGCGGUGUUGACCGUGAUGCUGACCAACGGCGCGCUCCUCGUCAUCGGCGAGGGAAGCGGGAGCGGGGGCGGUAGUACCAGCCACGGACCCGUCGACCUCGGCGCGCGGAUGAGGAAUUUUCGGGACUGGCGCAUCUUGUGGGGCGUCGGCGCGAAUUUACCGCUGCCGGACCCGGAUGCCGAGGAGGGCGGCGACGAAGGGGCGCAUCUGCCGCGGGAUAAGGUAAGGUCGUUUGCGUGGGCGAGGAUGGUUGGGACGGGCCAGGCGCUGUUGGCGUACGCGACGGAUCUGGAGGAGGUUGUGGUGUUGAGCGCGCAGUAUUACCUCCCCAACGAGACGGACGAUGCGUCGGAUGCUGGGUCGUAUGUGUGGGAGGUGGAGGAGGUUGCGAGGUUUGAUGGACGGGGACCGCACCCGAGCUUGGGCGUCCUGGACCCCGAUUAUAUCCCCUACACCUCAGCCUUCUCCCUAAAAUGGAGCCCCUGGCUACACUCGGGCGACACCCGUACCGCUAUCCUAUCCUACUGCGCAAGAAACUACGUCGGCUUCCGCCGCAUCACGAUCCCGGCGGACUGGGAGCGCGGCGCGGCCGUCGAGAUGGCCGUCGAGGAAGCCGACGUCACGGGCAUCUGCACGAACCUAUUAUCCGACGCGUUUGUCGAGUGGGAGGACGUCGUCUGGGACCGGGACGACGUCAAAAUCUGCCGCGGUGUGAUUGCGUCUCCAUUCAAGGCCUCGCCGUUCCAAGUUGCGCUCAACGGGCCCGAGGGCACGGCCAAGGAGCCUCACGGGACGGGGGUUUGCAAGACGACGUUUCCCGAGGAUACGACGUCUAUGGAUGCGACGAAUCCUAUCACGAGCCUGAUAAUCCACCCCCCAAACCUCUCCAAACAAACCAAAGCCCCAGGCUACUCCCUCAUCCGCCUCUCCGCCACAGCCACAAACGACAACUGGUUCCAGCAAAGCACCGCCGACGGCGCCGCCUCGCCCUCCCCAGACUCCCUCCCCAAAUGGGCCGAAACAAUUUCUUCGACUGUCAAGCUCUCCGUUCCCGUCACCAUGCUCGGCCGUGGCGGUGGCGCCGGCGCCGGCGCAGUAGGCGGGGACGGCGAAUCCGUUGCCUCGGGAGAUGAUUCCGACUCGGAGGAUGACGAUGACGAUUUCGAUUUGCCCGAGGACGCGGGCGAGCAGAUCCACCCGCACCGCGUGCGCAUGUGGGGUAUGACGAUGACGCCUGCGGGCGGGAUGAGCGCUGUAUUGGUGUCGCAGCAUAGCACGCAGAAGCCGGAGAAGACGGUCAAGACGAAGGUCAUGUUUGGGGGACGGGUCGGAAAUGGGCCUGCGGCGGUGACAACGGCAGCAGGUGACGGUGAUGAGAUGGAUGUUGAUGGAGGGGACGACGGUGGUAGAGCGAGUCGAUUACAGUACUGGGAAAAGCAGAGCACCGAGGCCAAGAUGUGGGAUUGGAUGUAUGCUGGCGGACCUGCUGUUCCCGGAACGCUUUGGGCUGGUACCGGGGACGAGGCAAGGGCUGGAGAUGAUAAUUCGUUGAAGAAGAGGUUUGAGGAGGUCAAGGGGAAGCAGACGUGCGUGUUUUGUCAUGCUUCUCUUGUUGAUGAGGGUAAGGAGUCGAUUUGCGAAAAGGGGCAUAUCUUUGCUACCUGUGCGUCGACCGGCCUUGCGAUCCUCGCGCCUGGCAUCUCGAGAGCUUGUGCUGUUUGUGGUCUGCGGUGUCUUGUGGCUAAGGAGGUGGUCAAGAUCGCGCAGGAACACAUGGGCCCUGAUGCCAAGGUUGAUGCUUCUGAGGAGGCUUGUGGUGGAUGUGGCGGCAAGUUUGUGGUGUAG